AUGGACAAUACGUUGGACAGAUCCUCUUUCCUACAAGAUCUACUUGAGGAGGAGGAGGAGGAGGAGGAACGUUUGAAGGACAUCCACGAUGUUCAACAUGAGUGCCUUCAGGAUGUGAAGCAGGUUCAUGGCGAGAUUAUGCAGAUGCUGGACGCUAUGGUGGCGAGAAUUCAUCGUGAGCGAGAAGUUCAAAGUGAAGUUUUCCUCAAGGCAGCGAACGUGCAGACGGACCACCAGGACUAUGAGAAGCUCCUUGAGGACUUAGAAGGCGAUCUUCAAGUGGCUCACACAGUGCCUUUACAGCAAGUGAAACCAGUGGCAGAAAGAUGGAAGAGUGCCAUUGAGAAGGAGCUGGACAACCUGUUUGAGUCUACUGGGACGCUCAAGCGGAUCAAGAUGUCAGAGGCUCGCCAGUUGGAGGCGCAAGGAAAGCUCAAGCUUGUGCCGAGCAAAGGGGUUCACACCCUUAAACCCCCUUCUUCAAAGGGUGGUGGGUUCCGAAGAAAGUAUCGACUUGUCCUAUGUGGAAACCAUGCGACCCCUUCGGAUGAUCAAGGCUCUCUCUACGCCGGUGGCGUGGGCGCUGAGUCGCUACGGGCGCUACUUGCAGCAACCUCACCUCGAGGCUGGCGGGGGGCAACCACUGAUAUAACAGCGGCUUUCCUUCAGGCCAUGUGGCCAGAGUCGAUGCCAAUGUAUGCGGUGCUACCUCCGAGACUGCUACAGGAACUUCACUACGCUGAGGACGGAGAGGCAUGGCUGGUUUUGAGACCACUAUAUGGACUGCGUGAAUCACCCUCGAUUUGGCCCUUUCACAGGAACGAUAGACUUCGAACUCUUGAUGUACCCCACAAUGGAGGACGACUUUAUCUACAACAAUCGAAGGCCGAUGCAGAGCUCUGGUUUGUGAUGUUCCAGAGAGACGGCGAGGAGCCUAAAUUGGUGGGCUUGGUUGUGACCUACGUCGAUGACCUCUUCUACAUUGGCCCUGUGAAGAUUGUGGAGAAAAUCCAUGGCUGGGAAUGGAUCACAGAUGAUGUGGACCCAGAGCCAGAGGACUUCACAGAAGGAGACCUACGUUUCGCUCAGAGGCUGAUUGGGGAACAGCUAUGGCUUGCUAUGCGGUGUAGACCAGACAUUCACUUCGUCGUCAGCUACAUGUCGAGUUGGGUGAGCAAGCAUCCGAUUCGCAUAAGCAGGAUUGCAAUGCGUUUGCUCUCCUACUUGCACAAAACGGCCGGGAUGAAGAUGAUCCUUGGGCAGCCGGCGGAGUUUCCGAAGGAUGACAUCGAUGACAGCACGCAAAGCUCAAGCAGCCGAAGCAAACCACCAAGCACCGCAACAGACAGUCAGCAGCACAACAACAAGGACUCACCUGUGGCUUGGAGAUGUUCCAAACAGGGAUUCGUGAUGUUGUCGAUCAUGGAAUCGGAGCUGUACCAAGCAACUGAAGCAGCUGUUCUCAUGGAAAACAUUGGUGUGCUUUUGGACGAAUUGGCGGCGCAGACACUGCCAAGAGUCAUGAAGGUAGAUAAUGCAUCUGCUGUGGCCAUGCUGGAUGGAGGACCAGGAAGUUGGCGAACGCGUCACUUCAAGGUACGUUCAGCUUUUCUACUUGAGAGGAUUCAGAAGAAGUGGCUGUUGGUAGAGCAUAUCGAGGGAAUACUACAGAAGGCAGACUUGUCAACGAAGGUGCAUCCGAAGCUCCGUUUGUGGGCUCUUCUGAAACUGUGGAAGUUUUUGCCGUCGGAAGCUGAGACAAUGGUUUGGAUGAGGAUGCUAGCGGCUGCAUGUGUUGCAAAAGCGCUUGAAAUGGUUCCGAAGGCAGAGGCAACUUCAGAUGACAACGAGGUGUCUAUGGUCUCUAGGGCUGGAGUGGAUGACCUAUUGUUAUUCACAUUGCUGGCAUGUUUGGUUGCAGUGAUGGUCUGGGAAGGACUGAAGAUGCUUUCAAGGCGUGUCUGGACAUGCCCCACCAUCAUCGUCGUCGUCAUCUAUGAAUCUGCCGAUGUUUGCACCGAGCAGAACUACAACGACGCAAUCUACAGGGACUACCAGCACCCAGACACCGGACUGGGAACGUACAAGAGGACCGGUACCUACGGUUGCAACGCCCCCUCGAGAGGCGCAUUACGCUGCGCAUGA